GCGCCGCUCCCGCCGCCCGCACCCUCCUCGCUAGCUCUGCCUCCGCCGCCCAAACUUUUCUCCGGGAGCGUCUCCCCCGCGGCGGCCGCUCGUCCGCCUGCCGCCGCCGCCCCCGCCGCAUGGGCGCCGCGCCGCAGGGGGCCUGACCCCCGCCGCCAGGUCCGCCGCCAGCGCCAUGGCGGCCCGCGCGCCCCCCGCCGCACCUGCGGCCGAGGAGCCGGGGGGCCCCCCGCGCAGGAAGAAGUCCCGCUCGGGCGCGUCCGGCCUCCGCCGUGCCUUCAGCUGGUUGCGGGGCAAGCGGCGCAAGAAGAAGGCGGCAGGGGCUGAGGGUGCCGAACCGAACGCCCCCAAGGCCAAGAAGGCGGACGACAAGGCCAAGAGGGCCAAGGGCAAGGGCCGAGGCUCUGCCAAGGCUGAGAGUGACAAACGUCUAAGUGCAGGGCCCAGCCAGGGGCCAGGGUCUGUGGUGGAUGAGCACCAGGACAAUGUCUUCUUCCCCAGCGGGCGACCACCUCACCUGGAGGAGCUACACACGCAGGCCCAGGAGGGGCUCCGUUCCCUACAGCACCAAGAAAAACAGAAGCUGAACAAGGGUGGCUGGGACCAUGGAGACACCCAGAGCCUCCAGUCCUCCCGGACAAGGCCAGAUGAAGACAGCAUUUCCUUCUGCAGCCAGACCACAUCCUACACUGCUGAGAGCUCCACAGCAGAGGAUGCCCUCUCCAUCCGCUCCGAGAUGAUCCAGCGCAAAGGCUCCACUUUCCGACCCCAUGACUCAUUUCCCAAAUCAUCUGGAAAGUCAGGUCGGCGACGGCGAGAACGGCGGAGCACAGUGUUGGGAUUGCCACAGCAUGUGCAGAAAGAACUCGGCCUGCAGAGUGAGCGUGAGGCACCGGGGACUCCCCAGCUUCCCGGCCCCCGGGAUACUGUACGCAUCCCCACAGUGGAUGGCCACCCUGUGCACCUGGCCUCAGGGACAGGGGCCCGGGUGUCCCUGCAGGCACUGGAGGCAGAGGCCGAGGCAGGUGCAGAGACAGAGGCCAUGUUGCAGCGCCACAUCGACCGCGUCUACCGGGACGACACUUUUUUUGGCCGAUCUACGGGGGCCCGGCCUUCGCCAUUGACCAGACCCAUGUCCCUGGCAGUGCCUGGGCUGACAGGAGGGGCAGGGCCUCCAGAGCCCCUGAGUCCAGCCAUGUCCAUCUCGCCCCAGGCCACCUACCUGUCGAAGCUGAUUCCGCAUGCCGUACUGCCACCCACGGUGGAUGUGGUGGCCCUGGGCCGCUGCAGCCUGCGCACACUGAGCCGCUGCAGCCUGCUCUCGGCCAGCCCAGCCUCCGUCCGCUCAGUGAGCCGCUUCUCCUCGGCCUCGAGCCCACGGCCCCGCAUCCGCCACCCUUCCUCCUCCAGCGAUACCUGGAGUCACUCUCAGUCCUCCGAGACCAUCGUGUCUGACGGCUCCACUCUCUCCUCUAAGGGUGGCUCUGAGGGCCAGCCAGAGGGCUCCGCGGCUAGCAGUAGUGUGGUACCCCUUCCCCAGGGGGGCAGCGGGAGGGGCUCUCCUAGUGGGGGCAGCACUGCCGAGGCGUCAGACACGAUCAGCAUCCGGAGCAGUGGGCAGUUGUCUGGCCGGAGCGUGUCCCUGCGGAAGCUGAAGCGGCCCCCACCACCUCCCCGCCGGACCUACUCACUCCAUCAGCGGGCCUCAGCAGCGCCUGAUGGGCCUUUGGGGUUGCCUCCCAAGCCAGAGCGGAAGCAGCAGCCACGGCUGCCUCGGCCACCCACCACUGGUGGGUCAGAAGGGGUGGGGGCAGCACCCUGUCCACCCAGCUCAGGGGGCAGCUGGGUGCCUGGCUUGUCUCCAGGUGGCUGCCGGCGCCCCCCACGCUCCCCGGAACGGACACUCUCGCCUUCUAGCGGAUACUCAAGCCAAAGUGGUACCCCUACCCUCCCUCCCAAGGUUCUGGCAGGUGCCUCUGCUUCCCCAGGCAAGGCCCAGCCCCCUAAACCAGAACGUGUCACUUCCCUUCGCUCUCCUGGGGCCUCAGUCUCCUCCUCCCUCACAUCUCUGUGUUCUUCAUCCUCUGACCCAGCCCCCUCAGACCGCUCUGGUCCACAGAUGUCAACCCCCCUGGGUGACAGGUUUGUCAUACCUCCCCACCCUAAGGUGCCUGCCCCCUUCUCUCCACCCCCAUCCAAGCCCAAGGGCCCCAGUCAAGCUGCUCCUGCUCUGGCUGCCCCUGCUGUGGCUUCUGGGCCUGUCUCGACCACUGACACCAGGCCUGAGUCUCCUCCCGGUCUCCAGACAUCCCCGACCCCACUGCAGGAGUCUCCCGUGGUCUCCCAAGACCAGUCACCCCCACCAUCCCCACCCCCAUCUUACCAUCCACCCCCACCACCUUCUAAGAAGCCAGAGGUGGUUGAGGAAGCUCCGUUUACCCCAGAGGCUGCUGGGGAGCCCCUCCAGGAUCCCAGCUGGCCCCCACCCCCGCCUCCUGUACCCGAGGAGCAGGACCUAUCCAUGGCUGAUUUCCCCCCGCCCGAGGAGGCCUUUUUCUCUCUGACUGACCCUGAGCCUGCAGGUCCUUCUGAAUCCCCAGAGCCUGUCAGCUCCUUGACCACUUUGCCCACAGACACUGUCUCUUCCCAGAACCAACUCUGGGGUACCCCAGGACCACCUCCUUCUAGUUCUGUUCCGGGGCUUCUGGCCAAGCUUCCUCAGAAGGAACUGGUGGGCUGCAGCAAGAGCAGUGGGGUUCCCAGAGAAGACACUGGUGCACCCCUGGUCACGCCUUCGCUCCUGCAGAUGGUGCGGCUGCGCUCUGUGGGUGCUCCCACUCCAGCUCCAACUCCAGCAUCAGGGCCAUUGGCCCCUCAGAAGCCGCUACGAAGGUCCCUGUCAGGACGAGCCAGCCCAGUGCCUGCCCCCUCCUCAGGGCUGCAUGCUGCUGUCCGACUGAAGGCCUCCGGCUUGGCUGCCAGCAAGGGCCUCGCAAGUGCCCAGCCCAGUGGACCACCUGAGGCAGAGUCUCGGCCCCCCCAGUCUCCUGCCUCUACAGCCAGCUUCAUCUUCUCCAAGGGCACUAAGAAGUUGCAGCUUGAGCGGCCCAUGUCACCUGAGACCCAGGCUGACCUCCAGCGGAAUCUGGUGGCUGAACUUCGGAGCAUCUCAGAGCAACGGCCACCUCAGGCCUCAAAGAAGUCACUUAAGGGCCCCCCUCCUGUGGCACGCAAACCGUCUGUGGGAACCCCCCCACCUGCCUCCCCCAGCUUUCCUCGGGCUGAGCCCCUUACUGCUCCUCCCACCAAUGGGCUCCCUCAUGCUGAGGACAGGACUAAGGGAGAGCUGGCAGAGAAUGGCGGUGUCGUGCAGCUGGUGGACCUGGAGAAGAGGAAGCUAGGCUCACCUGGCUCAGACCCACAGAGAAAGCUGGUCUGACCACCAGGCACCUCGCUGGCACUGCGGACCCAUCCCAGGAACACAAUCUCUCAGGGACCUGAGCAGCUCCAAGGAUGAGAGGAUACGGCAGACACUUAACCUAAAAGAGAGGAUGCCUGCAGCCUUAACCUCCACGGCCUUUGAUAUUUAUGCAAGCCUGGUGUUGCCCCCUGUCCUCCAAGUCAUCCAGCUCUCAUGCCUUUUCCCAAAUGGACUCCUCUCUGGCAGCUGCCACUUCAGUCCAGGCCUUAGCCUCAUCUGGAAAGAGGUAGCUGGUGGGAGUGGGUGGCUGCGCCCCCUGCUGGCCCUGAGGCCACAGAGCUGGGACAAGAACACCUCACUUUGAGUUUUUUUUUUGUUUCUUUUCAUUUUUUCAUGUCAGAAUGAGCUCGGAAUCAUGCACAUACUGUAGUCCAGAAUCAAAAGCACUUUUGAAAAGCAGCUGCAUGUCCAUCCUCCAGGGCCUGUGAAGCCACAUCCCAGAGGGCCUGUUUACAUGGCAGCAGCCUUCAUUCUAUAGCUGGGACCAGUCUGUCUCCCCUUCUGCCUCCAGCCCAGUUUACUCCUUUCCUUAGUUCUUGGAGGUGGACUGGCCAUUCGUUGUGUUCCCACAGUCUUCCCCAGGCUGGCAGCAGGGGCGGGGCGGUAAAAUUCCAAAGCACAAAAGGUGCAGCGGGGGUUACCCUUCCUGUGCCUCAACUCACCACCAACCACCCUCCUGCCUCCCUGCUCUGCCAGGUGCUCCAAGCAGGGGACAGGAAAUGGGAGACUGCCAGGGCACAAGUGGGUCAGGGAGGAAGGACUGGAGUGGGGCGCACAGGCUCUCUCUCCUCAGCUGAUGAAGAGUGAAGGGAGUCAUCUGAGUGGGCACCCGGCAAAGCCAAGCAUCUGCCCCUGCUCACUUGAUCAGGUUGGGGGUGGCAGGCACAGUACUCCCCAGGCGGAAGCCAAUGGACUGCGGCAGGGCCGUGCCCCUUUCAGCUCAGCUGAGGAGGCUGAAGCGGGGGUGGGGGGGGUCUGGCAGUGCUUAUUUGGGUAGUGGUCCAGACCUGGCCCCACGGACUAUUCUCUGUCCUUUCUCCUUUGGUUGGCGUGUGUCCUUGCUGCAGCUGCCUCAGCACAAGUGGUUCCAGUGGGGGUGGAGAGCUGAUGCUGACCGACAGAGAUGGGAAGCCAAAGGUGCAUUUUAUCCCAAAUUCUGCCCCUAGUCAGUGAGGACACCCAGUUGGCCAGGUGGCUGCGCUCCCUAGGCGUCAGCCGUUACUGAUCUCUCCUCCGGUUUUAACAAUCUUUCUAUUUUCAGCCUGUACCACCUACUUAGGUAAGUGGCGUCCCCCAUUGGCGGCUCUGCGAGGAUGGCCCUAGUGUCUCACUAUGCAGCAGCCUGGCUGCCACCCAGGGCCACCUAUUCUUUCUCAACAUCCUUUCCUUGACAGUGACUCAAGCUCAAGCCUGGCGAAGAACCCAGCUUUGAGUGUCUCUCCUCCACCAAAGACAGAGAUAGACACCCCACUCCCGCCCCCACCCCCUGAACAAGAGCUGGGAUCAUAGGGGACUCGGCGUGCGAGCCCAGGUUCCUCUGGCCUGCUCUCUGGCUUCUUCAGUCGCUACUGUCUUCUCCCUGCAGCUAUAAACCAAUGUUCUUCCCAUGCCCUUUGGGCAGUGGAGAGCUGCCACUGGGUGUAUGUUGCACCUGCCCAGUGGGUUGGGGAAAGAGGACCAUCAGUAAGCACUUCUUAGCUCAGAGCUCCUGAUCUAACCCCUAGAUUCCCAGGAACCAGGACUGGUCAAAGCCUCCAAAAAAGCCAAGCCCUGGCAGCAGCCUUGGAGCUGCUGGGGGUGGGAGGGAGCCCAACUUCCAUGCCCUUCCCCUCCCCGCUCCUCCCAAUGUUACUGCAACUCCUCAUCCUCACUAAGGAUCUUCUGAGCUUGUUUUCCCUCUGGGUGGGACAGAGGACAGAGGAGAAGGGAGGGUCUGGAAGAGGUAAAUUCUUUUUCCUCUGGGGUAAAUGAGCUUGACCUUGUGUAAAUGGAGAGACCAAAAGCCUCUGAUUUUUAAUUUCUAUAAAAAUGUUAGAAAUAUAUAUAUACAUAUAUUUCUUUAAAUUUUUGAGUCUUUGAUAUAUCUAUAUAAACAAUACAUUCCCUCUGCCCUGAGUGAGACACAAUGAAAAUGCUCUGUAUGUGUUUCAUUUAAAGGUGUUAAUUAAAUGAUUAAAACUUG